AUGAGUCCUGACGAUGAUUUGCCCGCGCGCAAUGCACCUUUCCAUGACCCGCAAACAACCUCAACGCAUUCAAUUUCAUGUCAAGGGAGAGCGAAGAUGUUCCACCCCCUUCCAGGGCAGCUUAUCAAAGAUUGUCAAAGUCAAUGGGCAGAUAGCUUAACCAGGUAUCAAAACUACUACGAAGCUACUCGUGCUAAUAGUGUACCAGGAGCAACUGAGAUUCCUGUUCCAUCCAUGAAGACAGUCGCGAGGACACCACAGCCAAGCGAAUCAAAUGUAGGGACCAAUACGAAGUUAUCUGAUCGCGAUGUUUCCUUUUCUCUGGCACCAGGUAACGGAAUGCUCAAGACAAGUGUAGACGCGAUGACAGAAUUCAUUUGUGACUAUGCUAAUCGUUGGCACUCUGCUCUCCCAUCCAAUGAUCCAAGCAGAGUAACACCUAAUAGACACCUUCCUGGGACUGUUCCCAUGUUUGUCUAUUGGUCCACUGACUUCCAUGAAGUCAUGGAGCAAGGACCAGAGCACGCUGCGGCGGAACUUGCCAAGAGAUUUUCGCGAGAAGAAUUUUGGCAGUUGCGCUAUUAUUUCUUCCUCGUUCAAACUGGUUCAGAAGAAACGGACCAGUUUGGACAUGUAGCUGUCUGUGCUAUCUCUCCAGAAGCCAAGACCAUUGACUAUCUCUGUAGCGCCGACGACAAUGGUCUCAUUCGCGGUGAAGGUGCUCAAUGUGUUGAAAGUUUCAUUGCUAUGCUUACAAUAUAUCUUGGAGACGAGCCACCAUUGAGUCAAAGAUUCAAUCCAUGCGAUUGGAAACUCCGAACCGGCCGAAGCGAGGUACAAGACCAGAAGGAACCUGACUGCGGCAUAUACACAAUAUGCAACAUCAUGUGCCUUGCUUUUGGAUGGGAGUUAUCUUAUGGUGCAAGACACGGAGAAGAAAUGAAGAACGGUCGAAUUCGUAUCUGCAGUACUCUCCACGUUAGUGGUUUCAGAGGUUAUAAUCCCGCUAAAGGUGCUGACAACUCAUUUUACUACCCCUUGAAUAAUCUCUCGCCUCCUGACUCUUUAAUUGAUAACUUUGUUCGAAUCCUCUAUGUUCCUGGACUCAUGAUCAAUGAAACUCUCACAGCAGAAGUCCGUCGUCGCUCACCAAUGUACUAUGGCUGUCCUAACAAAGAAACGCUAUAUGCACAUUGUGAUCGAAACAAACGAUUCUACCCAAACUUCGACAAAGUAGGAAUCAGCGGACGUCACAUCACAUUUGCCAAAUUUCUUUCUUGGGUUGAACGUUAUGAUCUCGCGAGAGAGAGGAAUGUGGCGCCAUUCCCAAAACCUUAUCUACCUAACGGUUCCAACGGGAGCAGAGAUUGGAUUCCACCUAGCGACCACUGGCCGACUGCAAGACUUUGGUAA